GGAAGCAUCUGGACCACAGAAGAAGAAAACAUGGAGAACUUGUUUCGCAGCAUAAGGGAAGCUGGACACCAGCUAAGCGGGUGCUGCUGUGGUGAGGAAGAGGAGGACGAGGAGGUGAAAGAGAAGAGGAAGGAGGAUGAGGGUAAUGAUGAUGAGGAUGAUGAGAAUCUACAAAGCAGCAGAAGCUGGAUGUCCCUCCCUUCUCCUGAGGUGGAUCAGAACCAGACCAGCUCUUCCAGCUCUGGGACUCCGCUUCACUGGUUCCACACUCUGCAGGCCCAGCGGUCCAGAGUGCAGCGAGGACGCAGCAACAGUGACCCUCUGAGAGCAACAGCUGUCCAGAAUCUCUUCACCUGGAAAGCGGGUCUGGAGUUUGGAGCUGCCCAGUCCUACCUGAGUCUGGAGAAGUUGGGAGAGGGGGUGUUUGCUUCUGUAUAUAAAGGCAUCAGCAGGAUAAAUGGGCAGCUGGUGGCUCUGAAGGUGAUUCGAAUGAAGACAGAAGAGGGAGUUCCUUUUACCGCCAUCAGAGAAGCCUCUCUGCUCAAACGCCUAAAACAUGCCAACAUUGUCCUGCUGCAUGACAUCAUCCACACCAGAGAGACACUCACCCUGGUCUUCGAGUACGUGCAGACAGACCUGGCCCAGUACAUGACCCAGCACCCUGGAGGUCUGCACUCUCACAACGUACGGAUCUUCAUGUUCCAGCUGCUGCGAGCUCUUAGCUACAUUCACGGACGCAGGAUCCUGCACCGAGACCUGAAGCCUCACAAUUUACUCAUCAGCUACUUGGGAGAGCUUAAACUAGCUGACUUUGGUCUGGCUCGAUCCAAGUCCAUUCCCAGUCAGACCUUCUCCUCAGCGGUGGUGACGCUGUGGUAUCGACCGCCUGAUGUCCUGCUGGGGUCCACAGAUUACUCCACGGCCCUGGACAUGUGGGGGGCAGGCUGCAUCUUCAUAGAGAUGCUGCAGGGGUCACCAGCAUUUGCAGGUGGUACCGAUGAGCUGGAACAGCUGCAGAUCAUCUGGAAGGUUCUCGGUGUCCCAUCUGAGGACAACUGGCCUGGAGUCAGUCUGCUCCCCAACUACAGACCAGAGCAGAUUCUUCACUCGGAGCCGAAGCAGUUUAGGAAUGUUUGGAAAAGGUUGGAUCAGCUGCCUUCUAAAACUGAAGAUCUAGUCCAGAAGAUGUUGAAGGUGGUUCCAAUGAUGCGGGUCUCGGCUCAGGAGGCUUUACAGCACCUGUAUUUCAGUACACUUCCUGCUCCCAUCAUGCACCUCCGAGACACUGUGUCCAUCUUCAAAGUGCCUGGCGUGUGUCUGGCAACAGAGUUUAAGGACAUCUUCAACCCUGGAAGACAAGUCAAACCCUCCCUGCUUCCCGCCACAAAACAAUGGUGAUCCAGUCAGGCUGGAGAAUCAACAUCAGAGGGGUCAACCAUAGCCAGCAGUAACUGAAACAGCCAUCCAACAUCAAAGUCAAGGUUUCAGACUCAUGAGGAUCUAACCCCAAACAACCAAGUGGCCUGCAGAGGAGAGAAGUAAAGGAAGGAAAAGCUUCUUACCUCAGCGGCGAGAGAGCCUUCAUCCAUGGGCAAAGAAUUUGUCCUGUUGGACAGAAUUCAAGGACCAAGGACAGCUGGGUGUUCAGAACAGUUCCUCAUGGUGCUUUAGUCGACGUGUUUCUCCUUAACGGGGCGUUAUUAUUGCGUUAAAGGUCUAGAAAUUCUUCUAACAGGUCUAGUGUUAAAAUAAGACCAAAUACAAAUAAACACAACUUGUGAACUUAAAAUUAGUAUUUUUUUUUUUGCACUGCUGCCACCUUGUGACUAAAGACUUGUUAAUCGUCAUGAUAAAUGGCACUAUAAUUUCAGGGUUCUCCUUAUUAGAUCUGAUAGAAUAUAGAGAUCUUACACCCACUGAUAGUUUCGUUCUUUUUAUUGAUUUCUAUAAAGCUUUUGGAAUGAUUUCCAUAAUGUAAAUUAAACUCUAGAAAUAAACGAGCAGGUAUGCUGCAUGCCUCGGGUGUUCCAUCAUGGCUGAUCUACAGUGGGAAAAGGUAGAUGGUUGUUCAUAAGUAGUGUACCCUCCUAAGGCCCUGUGUCCUCAUAUGUGGACGUUGACUUUUCGCACAAUAUUUUAUUCUCUUCAACUUAGACCUUUUAUUUUUUAUUAUUUAGAGACACUUGACAUUGACGUUAUGUUAAAUAUUUUUGUACAUUUUUCUUUCUUUUUUUCAGAAGUGAGUCAAAAACUGUAUUUAAAAUUUUUUAGUAAUUUUUUUGUUCACAUUUGAGAGUCGACUAAAUGUCUAGAGAUGUUUUUUUCUUUUAAAUCACAUCAAAUAUCAUAAUGAAUACAAUCAAUAAAUACAUGUGGGUCUCAGAAGGUUAAAGAUUUAUCACCAAAUUUGAUCUAAGGAAAAAUUGAUGAUACCUGGUAUUUUUUUUAUUCAUCCGUUUUCCAUUGAGCUUAUUACCAAACAAGUCUGAUCAGACACGGAAGGCUUCCUGUUCACGUGAGAAUAAGGAUUUA